AUGGCAAACUCCGAACCCCAGAUUAUCUUAUACGACCUAGCUUGCAUCAAGGACGUUUGUUUUUCUCCGGUCGUCUGGCGUAUCAGACUCUUGCUCAAUUAUAAGCGAAUUCCCUAUAAGACAGUCUUCCUCGAGAUGCCGGAUAUCGAGCCUACGCUCAAGGGACUCGGUCUGCCUCCCCAUGACCCUGCCUCUGGGAAUUUCAACUACACAGUUCCCACCAUCCACCAUUUGCCGACCAACAAAUACAUCAUGGAUUCAAAACCCAUUUCGGAAUUUCUAGAGUCGACUUACCCAGACCCUUCGGUGCCCCUCACUUCAGAACUGGGCACCGAAAUUGAGGCCAAGGUACGCUCCUUGGUUGCCCCAACCUUUUACAGGUCGGCAAUGCCGCGCGAGGUUCACAUCCUGUCACCACGAGCGCAAGAAUACUUUAGACGCUCUCGCGAGGCUCGCUUUGGGAAAACGCUGGAAGAAUUGCUUGCGGGCGAAGAGGAGCGCUGGCAGGCAGUGGAUGCUGAUCGGCGUGCGGUUGGAGAGUUGAUGCGGACAAACAAGGCGCUUGGGCCGUUUAUACUUGGUGCUCGACCUAGCUAUAGCGAUUUCUUCAUUGCAGGAUCUCUUCAGUCUGUAAAGGUGAUUGACGAAGGAGUAUUCCAGAGGAGUGUGCAGUGUCCAGGCUACAAGGAGAUUUAUGAGGCGUGUUUGCCGUAUAUGGAGAAGAAAGACUAA